GCGGCUCCUCGGAUGCCUCAGCGCAGAGCGGCGGCCGCGGGCCGGCCUGCCCGGGGGGGUCCGGCCUAGCGGGGACCGGCCGGCCCCCAACUUCCUUCGGCCUUGGGAGGGGGCCGGGCUGCCGCCACCCCCCGCCGGCGCGGGGUGAACGCUCUCGCCCCUCGGGUGCUGUUAGGCUAUGAAGGCUUUAAUGGAACAAGAAAUGCAGUAAAACAGUGGAUGAGGCACAGAAUUAAAUCUCCACAUCUGGAAGCUUUAAACGGUGUCAGUGUAUUAAACCUAUUGACAGUAGUGGCGUUUCAAAGCACCUGGAUAUUUCAGUGCUGUAGAACAGUAAAAUGUUUGCGAAAUUGAAGAAGAAGCUCGCAGAAGAGGCAGCUAUUGCUCCCAGACCAGGGGGAGCUGCCAGGAUACCCAGGUCUGUCAGUAAGGAGUCGAUCACGUCGGUGGGAGCGGACUCCGGAGAUGACUUUGCUUCUGAUGGAAGCAGCUCUAGAGAGGACCUUUCAUCCCAGUUGUUCAGAAGAAAUGAACAAAUAAGAAAGCUGGAGGUCAAGCUGUCUGAUUAUGCUGAUCAGAUCCGAAACUUGCAGAAGAUAAAAGAGAAGCUUGAAAAUGCGUUAGAAAAACAUCAGGAUUCCUCCAUGAGGAAGUUUCAGGAGCAGAAUGAAGCUCACCAGGCCAGUCGAGCCAAGAUGGCUGAAGGAAUGGCUUUGGCCUUAGAAAAAAAGGACCAGGAGUGGAUGGAAAAACUGCGUCAAGUUGAAAAGGAAAAAAAAAUGCUUGAAAUGCAGUUACAAGAAAUGAGGGAGCGGAGUUUGAACCUUUUUCAAAAAAGAGAUGAAAUUGAUGAACUGGAGGGCUUCCAACAGCAGGAAAUUGCCAAAGUUAAGCACAUGCUUUUGAAAAAGGAAGAAUCUCUGAGAAAAACAGAGCAGGAACUAGAGGCAUGCACUCAAGAACUAACCCACACUAAAGAGGUGCUUCAGGAUGCAAGCAACGAGUCCUUGGGCCUGAGGAAAGAUCUUGAGGAGUUGCAGCAGCAGUGCUUGGAGCUCGAGGCGCAGAGAGAUGAACUAAUGACAGCUGAGACAAAUGCAGAAAACAAGAUCACUGCUCUGGAGUUAAGAGAACAGGAGCUACAAACUGUCAUUCAGCAGCUUUCUGUAGACUUGCAAAACAUGACUCUUGAAGUUGCUGAGAGGAAUAAACUUACUGAACAGCUGCAGGAAAAAGUGUCUUCCUUGGAAAAAAAGCUAGAAAGAAAUCUGUCAGGGGAUGAACAUGUGCAGGAGCUACUCAAAGAGAAAGCUACUCUUGAGCAGAAACUGGAGGAAACCAGGCAGCAGGUACUGACAGACAGAACGCAUCACACUGAGACUGUGAACUGGUUGGAAGCACAGAAUAAAGAACUGGAACAAAAACUACAGAUUGCAACAGAAGCAUUGAAAAAGAGGGAAGAAGCAGCUGCUGAGCAGGAUGUGAAGAACCAGAAGUUGCAAACUGAUCUAGAGGAUGAAAGAAGUAAACUACAGCAACAGAUUUUAAGUGAGAAACAUCAGUAUGAUCAGAAAGUUACUGGGCUGGAGUCUCAAAUUGCUGCUCUUGAAACAGCUUGGGAAUUUGAUAAAACAGCUACUCAGCACAAGAUUAGCCAGCUGGAAAAGGAAAAUGAAAAUCUUAAUGGAAGCAAAGAAGAGUAUGAGAGUUCUUUAAAAAAACAAGAGUCUGAAUUGAACAGGCUGAAGAAUGAAUUGAGCAGCAGAGAGACUGUCAGCAUUGAAAUUGCCAAAGCAUUGGAAGAAACACGAAAACAGAGAGAAGAAUUACAACAGCAGGUUUCACAUCUGGCUUCCUUAAUAAAGGAAAAAGAGCAGCUGAUUGAUGAAAAAUCUGUUAUGCUUCUAAAACAGAAGGAAGAACUAAACCAACUCAGUCAAGAUCAUGAAGCUGUCUUGCUGCAAAUGCGUCAGCUGCAGACUGACAUAGAGGCAAGUAAUAGCCAAGCCCUGGAGAAAGAAGAAAUGGCAAGAAAGGAAGUUGAUGAAUUGAAGUUGCAGAUCCAGGAGUGCCUCUUGGCCAGGGAACAUGAGAAACAUGUUUCAGAACUAGAGGAAUCAAUGAGAGCCUUGAACAACAAGCACUUUCAUUCUCCAGAGAACCAUGGGGUGGAACAGAAUGGAGAGGUAGCAGCUGCAGACGUCAUUCAACUUCAGAAGGAUAAUAGAGAGCUGGAACAGCAAAUUGCUGAGAAAAAUAAGAUGAUAAAGCAGCUACAGCAAAGAAUGACAGAACUCAAGAAAACACUCCAGAAAGAGUUGAAAAUAAGGCCUGACAGUGAGAUACCUGAAGUACGUGAAAAAGCAAAUUCUGAAGUGCCUAAUGCUUCUGUGACUGUCACAAACAACUCUGAUUUAAAUGACUCAAGGGAGAUAAACUUUGAAUAUCUUAAACAUGUUGUACUAAAAUUCAUGUCCUGCCGGGAGUCUGAGGCAUUCCAUCUAAUUAAAGCUGUAUCUGUGUUACUGAAUUUUUCACAAGAGGAGGAAAACAUGCUUAAAGAAACUCUGGAGUACAAGAUGUCAUGGUUUGGGUCAAAGCCAUCUCCUAAGGGCAGUAUCCGGCCGUCUAUCUCAAGCCCAAGGACAUUGUGGCCUUAAGGGAACCUGAAAACGGGCAGUCAGCAUCUAGCCACUUUUUUCUGUGAAAAGAACGCUGAACACACUAAUUCAGGUGUGUCUUAAUCACUGUCAUUGCAGUAUUUUGUACAAGAACUUUUGACACUGUUUACAAAACUAAUACUGUGCAAGGAGAAGUUUUCACUACAAACUGAAACGCCCCUUGCGGGUUGGAUUGGGGGCCUCGGCCCCGAUGGUCUCUGAGUGGUAGUCAGCUCCUUGCGCUCAUCGGUCUCGUUUCCUUGGCACCAAAGGGUAAUGUUCACCUCACUAAUACCGGUGCUGGCAGUUCAAGCUUCUAACACGUGCAUCUGUUAUGGUGGCGACUCCAGCUUGUGUUAAGAGUGCCAGAGUUGAGUAACUCCAGGCACAGUAAAGCUUCCUUGUCUCGCUGUGGAAAGCAAGCAAUGAAAAAAAAAGAUGUUGGCAGCACUGUACUGAGUUUUGACGGUUUGAAAAGCCUUUCAAAGAACAGGAGCAGGAGCUUUAACCAAAAAAGAAAUCUGCCUUGCCUUGUUAUACUGACAUAACUAAUAGUUCGCGUUUUUUCAUAUCACUGUGUAAUUUAAGGUGCAUCUAUCCUGGCCUGCAGUCCUGAAGGCUGCAUGUUGAUGAUGAUUAUUUAAUUUGAGAGCACAACUUUAGAGUUGUCUGAUUUUACUUUUCUUAAAGAAAAAUAAUAUUUUAAAUGGUCUUAAUUAUAGUACCUAAUACUCAGUCGCCUUUAAAACUAAUCUAUUAGCGUGUACCAUAGGUUGUUAGCAUUGGGAAGAAGGGGUAGUAAACCAUUUUAAAUUUUUAAAGCUGAGUUCCAGGUAUUGUAAAGUCACACUGAGAAUACCUUUUAUUUAAGAAAAAUAAAAUAAUAAUAAUCUAGUGACAAAGGGUGAAGAAUAUUGGUACUAAACAAUUUGACUUUUAUUUUUUUUGCUUCCAAGUCUGCUUGCAACAAAUCUUCAGAGCCAGUAUCUGCCUCUUUGGUUGUGGUUUUCUGUACUUCAAAUUCUGAUGCUUAAAAACUGUUAUGAACGUGUAGUGGGCUGUUAACUGUGUCCUAACUACAAAAGAAAUGCUGCUCAUGAAUUUUGCCCUCAAAAACAAAGCCCUCAACUCUUAAUGAAUAAAUCUUGGUUUCAGCAGCUCGCUUUCUUUUCCCCUUAAGGGGACCAAGGUGGCACUUGCCUCACAAAGUGGAAGCACAAUUUUGCUCAUAGUUACUAAAACCACUGCGAAAUGUAGGUGGAAAUGGGAAGCAGCAGUCAGUCUGGCUUCUUAAAAAUGGAAUGUAUUUUCAAAGAACUCCACGUGCGUGGCGUUCAGUGAGCAGGCUGUAGCUCUGGUAAUCCUCUUACGAUGAGGUUUGUGUUACUAACGAUGCUUUUUAUGAAAUCCAUUCGAGCAAAUGCGAUCUGUCCUCUAGUGGAGAUGCAGUGACUGUUCAGGUUUUUAACUUUGCUUUGCUAACAGGGUCUGAACGACCUUCGUGGUGGCAGCCGAGAUGCAGAGUUACCGCACGCGAGCUGCGCACUCGGGCCCCGGGAAAGCUGAGUGUCCUCCCCCCUGAGGUCGGUCACCAGAGCGGUGACUGUGCUGCAAAUCUGUACCCGAGCUGGCCUCCCUGGGUACCAGACACAGGUACUCGCAGUACUCUGGCACAAGUGACACGCCUCAGUUUACAGCUAGGUUAUAUUUAUUUGAAGUUAAGAAAACCAGCAGGAUUUUUUUAGUACACUAAAGCUUGUCCAGUCUUUAGUAACCUGAUCGAUGGCACUUAACGAUAGCCUGGAGAAGUUUGUGGGAGGAGCACAACUCUGCUCUCGUAUGAAAAUAGACAAUCAAAAAGUAGAUUUGUGUCAAUUGUUUCUCUACUGAAACAAAGCGGGGGCAGGAUAACCCUACUGGUUCUGGGAAGAUUUUAUUUUCCAAGGUCUUUCCCUGUAGAACUAUUUCUGUGGGACCCGAGGCCAGGGGACAGGAUUCCCUCUACUCCCGCUGAUGCCUGCUGAAUGACUAAUCGGUUUAUGUUGAUCCUGGCUUGAAAGGUUACUGCUGAACAGUAAGAAAAGCAGUACAGCCAGCCUGGAGUAGAGAGUGACAAAAUAAAAUCUUGCGUGAAUAUAUAGUCUAACACAACUUCAGUUUAAGAUCCCAAAGCUCAUACAGGAUCAACUUACCACAAGCUAGUGUAAGUGUUGAAUUUUCUUUAGAUGUCAGAGCAAGAAUGGUGUGUAUACAUAUAUUAAAAAGCUAAUGCACUUUCCCUUGUAUAAGAACAGUGGUAUACAUAAUCCUUUCUAUGGCCAUUGGACUUCUUUCCUUCUCUGCUGUAAAUAUGGAUUGUAUUAUGAAACACUAUGAAAUUUGUGGUGCAAUACAUUUUGGAUCAAAACCCUCA